AUGGCGGUUUCCUCUCGAUCAUACAAGAGGAAGGCUUUGGUCAUAGGCAUCAAUUACGACGGUGAUGCUGCGUCCUGCUCUUCGGAAUCGGCUAGUCUCUACGGACCCCUGCGAGCCCCUCGCCGGGACGCGAUGGAUUUCAGGAAUCUAUUAAUCGACCUUUACAACUACAACCCAGAAGAUGUUGUUCUUAUGUGUGAUGACAGCGCCCUGCCUCAUCUGGUCCCGACGAAGCAGAACAUGUUGCCGGUCAUGCGGACCAGAUUCCUUGCAAACAUCACACAGAAGAUGACGACAGGGACGAAGGUUUUGAUUCUUGCCAUGGGCCACGAGGGAGUUGGGAACGAAGAGAAGUAUAUCAUGGACAAUCCGGCGCUCAUUCUGCCAUGGCUAGCUUCUGCGCCAGCUGCUCGUGAACCCACUCCCGUCGGGGACACGGAUGACUACUUGGAUCACUACACAUGCAAUAACCUCUAUCGUCCAUGGAUCUCCAAAGGUCUAAGAGGCUCGAAGACGUUGCAGAUGCGCGUCGCUCGCAAGGAUGCCAUUGACUUGCAAGAGCCAGAACGCAAACGCUCUAGUCAGAGUCCUCUACGCCUUCUGCUCCCUCUCCAGCUGCAGCGGACCGUGACAUCAGUCAAGAGAGCAUGUACGCUAGACGGCAGGUUGACCGUGGACGGAGCUGCUGCGAAACUGGGCAUCAAGCCCCCAAAGCGGUCCGCGACGACGUUCUCACUGGAGAUGGCACGCGGACGCCUCGCCUUUGGGCAGCCUGGGAUGCUCCUCGCGCAAGCGAAGAGUAUCCUGAGCUUGGUGGUACGGAGGUGUCUAUCUCCGGAGUCGACGAGCAAGUGCGAUGGGUACUGUGUGCAUGCUCAGGUGGAUGUGCCGCAUGUGAUAUCAGUGUCAGCCUGCAACGAUGCACAGUCGACAUGGGAGAGAGGCAAGAAGGGCUCCGCUACGCAGGACCUCAUCGAAGUUCUCAGAGCAAAUCCGCACCCGACACUCCAGCAACUCUAUACCGACCUGAGCUACAAACGUUACGAACAGUCGACCAAGCUGCACGACUGGUCCUGCCGGAUGAACAAGAGAUUUCAUGACGGAAAGUUGACGCGGGCACCAGUGACUGAGGCGGUCAACUUCUCCGACAUCCAGAUCGGAAGUCAGGAGAAACUAUUUCAUCGCGCAUAUCAUGUUCUUGCAAGCACUUCACACCUGCCUGGGCCACUUUCGAAUACGCUCACGCAUGCUAAUGCGGUUACACUACGCCGUGGCCUCACGGAGCCCGGGCUACUGGUACCGGCGCACAUACGACGGACACGCGACCUUAUUCGACGUCUUGCAUGGCGCGAAGCGCACGAGGGCAAUGUCUGGUGCCUGCAAUGCAUUGCCUGUUCCUUUUACAAAGCUUUAGACCCUCUCCCGAUGAGCUUGCGGGAUGCAGUGGCGGGCCGGACAUGCUCCCCCUACUCACAUACUGCCAGUGGAGUACCGACUGGCCGGCAGCGGUGCCCAACCUGUGACAAGAAGGCCAUAGCAUGCUUCUCGCCGCCGCUACCGCACAAGGGGUUUUGCACUGUACCGUUCCGGUGGAUCAUGCCUUGUAAUGAUAAUGCGGGCAGGUAUACUGGCAGCAGCGUUCGCAGAAAGGAUGAUGUACAAACUGUGGCUAAGCUCGAAACCGUACGUGUACAGCAGUCGCUCGGCUCCGCUUCCUGGCUACCCCUCCUCUUAUCUCGUAAUUCUAUCCUAGCGGUCAUGUGGCCUGAGUUCUCCCCCGAUGCCGGUGUCACUUCAUACCGAGAAGCUUCAGAAGCGAUUAGUUUCCGGCCACGAAUCACACCGCGCAUAGACGGCGCGGUGCACUUUUCUCCACCAAUGUCUAGUAGUGCACCCGAUGACCUGGAGAAUGAACUGCUUGGAAGGAUUGAAUACGAUAACAUCGAGGUCUUCCAUCGCCUCAAGCUUCGGCUGGUGGACGAGAACCUUGUGCACCAGUGCUGCCUCGCUUUUGACAGAGAUGACUGUGUUACUGAAGCCAAGGAUAAACUAAAAACGCAUGUGGCCUUCGCAGACGGUCUGUCUAUUGACGAUCUCGACGACCAGCAAUGCAGGAGUCUACUCAAUAGCGGAGAGCGGGAGCUCGAAAUAGCUUGGAUUGCUGCCCUUGGACACCGCACAUUCUUCGACUUCAUCACGGAUUUCUCCUCCGCAACUUGUCUGCGGCGGUUGGUUGAGACCUCUGUACCCCUUCAAGAAGACGACAGCUCUUACACCCUGGGAUUCCCGAAGGCCGUACCCGAUUUCAGCUUGCUCAAUGAGGCGUCUCUGCAGGCGAAAGCGUCGGAACAGCCGUAUCUGUGGAGUGACACACAUGCAUUCUGCGUAGUCAAGCCUUCUAACAAGCAGUCACCGAAGCCUGGAGAUCCCUCGAAUGUGGUUUCCCUGAUCACGCUGCAGUCAUCACAAUAUGCUCGUCUAAAUGCAUGCAGCCGUCCGUUCCGGCUUUUCGCCGUCUGCCUUAUCAUCUUCGGCUCUGGAUUCUGUGUCGGCAUCUUCGAUCGCGGCGGUCUGAUGCUCUCCCCAAUCUACGACAUGUGGGAGCACACAGACGUGUUCAUUCGUGUGAUACGGAGCCUGACUUCUGUUGUGAUCGACGUUGACCUUGGCCAGUACCCGACUGUGCGUCCUCUCCCCAACGAGAUAGCAUGCGCUGUCCUGGAACAGUCUGAGCCACCGGCACAUACGUCGUACCUCGUUGAGCCAAUUGGCGACGAUGAGCGCGUCUGGUGCACCAUAGGAUCUCCGGUUUGGAGCUCCCUGUCGCUCUUUGGUCGUGGGACGUGGGUGUGGUAUGUCCACGAGUACGAUGUAAAUGGACGGUGCUUGAAGGGAGCGAAAAUGAUCAUGAAGACGGCAUGGCGACAAGGAAAUCGCAGCUCCGAGUCGAUCAUUCAUCGGAGCAUCAAGGGUGAGCAUCACGGCCUUGCCAAGCUCUUGGUGGGAGCCGAUGUCGAGUAUCGCGCGGCCGGAAAGCGUCCCGAACGCAUGUCUGUUCAAUAUUUGCGUUUGGGACAGAACGACGUCAAUGAUGGAUCUCCGCACCGUUGGGCGACCACUAUGGGAAUACGGUCUGAGCUUGAACUCUUGUUGGGUGUGCGUGCAGCUCUGGAUGCACACGAGUUCCUCUGUGACCAAGGUAUUGUUCAUCGGGACAUCAGUCGUAGCAAUAUUCUACUCCGAGACACGAAAUAUGACCCAGAUAGUGGGCCAGAUGGCGGCGAGGGAUUUCUGAUAGAUCUCGAGUUUGCCGGUUCGUCGGAUGUGGUGACAGCCACUGAAGAUGUCGGAGAAUCGCGACGGACAUAUUCCAGGUGGAUACGUCGUGGGGCCCUGCUUACGCAAACCUUCGGCAGGGAGAUAUUCCAAUUCAUGGCCCUCGACAUUCUGAGAGCCAUAAAAAAUGGAAGCACCAGUAUUGAGCACACUGCUAGUCACGACGUCGAGUCGUUCAUCUGGGUUCUUGGCUAUUGCGUGUUGCGCAAAUUGGUCAACGCGUUGAAGAACAAGGUCCCAUGCACAAACCCUGAUCGAAUCGCAGUGGAGGAAGCUUUUGACUGCGCAUUUGGACACGCCAAUGUUCAUUUGGUUCUGAUUAGCAGGAUGGAAUGCUUGCCUUUGGUGCGGUUACCCAGUGGCCGCGACAAGCAGGCAGCGAUGUCGGGACUCGCGCGCGAAUAUCAGGCAGCUCGUGGCAAUGAUGCGGGCGCAUACGUACGAGUCAAAUUUGUGGGAGAUUCUAUGCACAGGGCAAAUUUUCGAAACCGCAUCGGCGACCUCAGACCAGGCGAGGGCAAUAUGAUGAUCCCCCGGGGCAGCGGAGUUACUUGGAACUUGGUUUUGACAAGUAGGAGUAUGAGUGGUGGGAUAUCAGGGAGUAAGGUCGUUCAGGGGACAUAUCGCUGUUUCAGAGGAUGCGUGAGAGGACGCAAAGGCCAUGUCUGUGCUCGCGCCCCGGCGGACGCAUUCAACGUUGAGCUGCACGACUUGCCGGACGCGGCCUUUUCUGCUCUGAUCGACUCCGCGAUCGAAUCAUUCGCCGAGAAGGAGCCGGGCGUGUCGUUCGUCCACAUUCACCCGGGCGUCGUGCGCACGAGACUCCUGCACCCCGCUCUGAAGCUCCUAUUCUACCCGUUCAUGACAUCCCCGGAGGACUGGGGAGAGCGGGGCCUUGCGCCCUGCGCCGCAAUCCGAAGGGAUGUCAUGGGAAUGAAGCGGUAUUACGGGAUGGACGAGGCCAGGACAAGACUGUGGGAACAUGCUAAGGAGCAGCAGCAGCUCGCCGUCCGUACGACAGCGUAA